CUCUCUCUCUCUCUGUCUCUUUCUCUCUCUGUCACACACACACACACACACACACACACAUAUACCUAUGCUUACCCAGGCUCAUACAGGCUACAGCUGGGCAUAUUUCUCAUGAUUUAUUAUUGUGAUGUAUCAUUGUUCUCCAUUGUCUAUGACAAAGUGUGGCAGAGGCCAGAUGUCAGGCAACCCCCGGCAUGAAACAAAGCAUGCAGAAGUGGUCAAAAUUAUAGAUCCGAAUAAACAGCUCAUUCAAUGAUGUCGUGCAGCAAUCCCUGACACGCGUGCAGUCCAGAGUGAAAACCUAUCUGUGGAAAAUUGGGAGGAAAUAGCCUUCCCGGGAUCAGCGCCUCGUAUAGAGUUACAGUCGAGGCCCCUCCCCCUGUCUGGCUUUUUUCACAACCUCUCAUUUGCCUUACCGAAAAGGCUCACUCCAACUAGCGCUCAGACCGUGGAGAAAUACUAGGCAGAAGAUGGCUGACUCAACCGGGCAUCGCGAGCCCGCAACAGCAGCAUCAACUUCACCGGGGCUCUUCUCACGCCUGACACACGCCGUUCUGCAACUCUGAAACGGCCCCGCCUCAGACACACUCCGAUUUUCUCCCCACCGCAAAUAUUGACAGAGAUAUAGUAAAAAAUGGCAGAGAUGGAGAAAGAAGGUAGACCUCCAGAAAAUAAAAGAAGCCGAAAACCAGCUCACCCCGUGAAACGGGAAAUUAAUGAGGAGAUGAAGGUGCGGGCCGAGCGGGCCCACCCCUGGGCGGGCGAGGCGGGUGAUCUCCAUGGCAACCCGCCCUACUCCAUGAGUUUUGCAGAGAACACUAUGAAUGAGCUGCUGGGCUGGUACGGAUAUGACAAGGUGGAGCUCAGAGACUCAGACGACAUUGAGAUCCGGAACUAUCCGGAUGGGGAGGUUCGGCAGCACAUCUCAGUGGUCAAAGAAAAUUCUUUGCAAAGAGCCUCAGCGAUGGAGAACAGCACCAGCUCACCACCCCAUGCCAACAGCUCUCGCUCCACACCUACCCCUCGGAAUGGAGUGAUGUCGGAGCCAUCCUCCACCCCCUCCACCUCCAAUCCCAGCACAAAGGAUCAUGGGAGCAUGCCUAUCAUAGUCCCCCUUAUACCACCUCCAGUUAUCAAACCGCAAGCUGAGGAGGACAUGUCAAACGUCCAGAUCAUGUGCGCGUGGUGCCAGAAGGUGGGUGUGAAGCGCUACUCUCUCUGCAUGGGCAGCGAGCUCAAGAGCUUCUGCAGUGAGAAGUGCUUCGCCGCCUGUCGCCGGGCCUACUUCAAACGCAACAAGCUUGGAUAUAUAAGGAAUUGCGCUGCGAGAGACGAAGACGGCCACGGCGAAAAAUUACCCCACCACAGCUAUUCUAAGGAAACCCCCAGGCUUGUCUUCAAGACAAACAGCGAUGUCCUUGUGUGUGACUGGUGCAAGCACAUUCGCCACACAAAGGAGUACCUGGACUUUGGUGCCGGUGAGAGACGUCUGCAGUUCUGCAGUGCCAAAUGUCUGAAUCAGUACAAGAUGGACAUCUUCUACAAGGAGACCCAGGCUGCCCUGCCGGGGGGUCUGUGCAACCCACCCCACGCUGUUGCAGAGGGCAAGAACGAGGGCGGAGCAGGGGUGCAGCUCCUGACCCCCGAGUCGUGGAGCACGCCUCUGAGCGAGCUGCGCCGCAAGGCCCCGUCUCCAGGGGGCGCAACGUCGACCGCCAGGCCCUCCGCGUCGGGAUCCCCCUCCGAGCACGGCGCCGUGUGUUCCUCGACAUCGUCCUCAUCGUCGUCCUCCUCUUCCUCAGCGAAGAUUCCCACCCCGCGACCCCCCCACGAAAGCCCCACGGGGCACCCGCAUCCACCGCCACCUGUGCCUGGCCUCCACCCGUCGCUCGUGGGCCCGCCCGGCAGCCCCCCAAUGGUGAUGACGCACCGCGGGCCGGUUCCUCUUAACCUGUUCAUGGAGCAUCAGAUGAUGCAGCACAUGCGGCCCCCCUUCCACCACCGGCCUCCACACCAGCCCGGCCCAAACAGUCCCUUGUCCAAUCCCAUGAUCCCCGGUAUGGCACCUCCUAUGCCCUCUCGUAACCUGGGCCCCCCUUCGAGCCCCAUGCACCGGCCCAUGAUGUCCCCACACAUGCACCCUUCCUCCAACCCCACGCUGGCUGCGGGGAACCCCGGGAUGAUGCCUCCUCACCACGGUGCCCAUAUGCCCGGCCUGCCCUUCCCUCCGGUCAACAUGAUGCAAGGCGGCCCAAUGCACAUGCCGCCCAUGAUGAACUUCGGCUUGCCCUCGCUGUCGCCACUGGUGCCCCCACCCACACUACUGGUGCCCUACCCAGUGAUCGUACCUCUGCCCGUGCCUAUACCCAUCCCAAUACCCAUCCCUUAUACCCCCAAGGCCUCCGAAGACCGGCCCGGCAACGAUGGCACUGUGCCAAGCAGACCGACAUCAGGGCCCGCAGGUGACUCUAAAGACCCACGGCCUUUCACCCCUAGCUCCUCCAGAGGGGAAGGCGGGGAAUCCAAGAAGGGUUCCCCCAGCACGGACACUCUCUGGUCCAGCUAUUCGGGCUACGCACUAGGCCCUGACAGGAGCAGGGCGGGGGUGGUGGAUCUGACGGUGAAGGCCGAGUACCCAAACGGUGGUGGGGGCAUCAGCAGCUUUCACCACUCCCGCUCUAGCUCCCCCGCAGCUCCACCCACGGAGGGCGUGAUUGACUUAACCAUUAGCCGGCGCCUUCGGCAGCAUCUGGUGAUUCAGAGGGCGGUGCCCAGCGUGGAGGUGAAGGUGGAGGCUGAGAGCUGUCCGGCAACAGUGAGCGAGGGGGAGGCCCGGCGGCCGGAGCAGGGCAGCGGCGUGGGCCAAGGCGGGGAGGAGAGCGACCGAGAAUCAGGCAGCGUGCUGGACUCAGUGGCGCUGCCCUGCGCUGACCCAUCCUUCUGUGGAGCCACACCUCCUCCCACUCAGCCAAUCACAUGCAGCGCCCCUGCCCUCCCUGCCCCGGCCACCCCAGCUGCUGUGGAACUGGGCUCAGCAGCGCCUUGCAACGUGAUCGUGAACGGAGGUGGCGCCCCGUCCCUGGAGCCCGCCCGCCGGACGACGCCCGUGGCAGACCAGCGCCCCCUCCUGCCCGAGUCGGCCUCCGCCGAGAUGCUGGAGCGCGAAGAGCUGAAGGAGAACAGCUGUGCUGCCGCUGCCGAAUGGGACGCAGGUAAGAGGGGCACCGCCGCCGCCACUGCUGCCGCCACCAACGCCGAGGAGGCAGGGGGCACGGGGGUCCCCGGGGAUCCCAAAUUGGCCGACCCCGGGGCCGUGCCCGACGAGGACCAUGCGUAUGCAAUGCCCUUGUUGCCCAAGGCUGGUUGCGUGAUUCAGCCCGUGCCAAAGCCAGCCGAUAAGACGGCCACCAUCUUGCCCUGCGGCCUGGCCCCCCCGCUGACGGCCGCGGGCCCCCCAGAGAUGGAGCCGCCACUGAAGAGGAGGUGCCUGCGCAUCCGCAAUCAGAACAAGUGAUAAGGAGCCGCACAGCUCUGACAGAUGGCAGCCAACAGUCAACGUGAUGAGGAAAGUCCCUUAGCAGCCACCAGCCGUUUGCCCCUCACCAUCACAUCCAGCCACGACACGACCAACCCUCCCAACACUACGACACACAGCUGCCCACAGUGGGCUCCCCUGCUCCCCCCCAGUCUGCACAGACUGACAGCAUGUCGCUGUCACUGAUGACAUUGAGCCUUCACGUAGGGCCCCACCAGGGAUGCCAGAAUCCUCUUCUCACAUUUCUCACAUUAGAGACAUUCCUUUUUAGAUGCCCCCCCCCCCCCCCAAUCCCCAUCUGAGACGUGAUCCUCCACAGCCAGAGAGCCCACAGCGUCCCAAAAUACAGGGCUUGAGACUGUGGUAUGCUAAAGCAGCGUCUGCUCAGGCCUUCACUCUUUACCUGCAAUCCCAGCUUCACUGGAACAUCGAUGAUGGACGCCAUUUGAUUGUGUCUGAAAAACAGGGUUGUGUGUGUGUGUGUGUGUGUGUGUGUGUGUGUGUGUGUGUACGUCCAGCGAAAGACGCGUGGGCUUCAUCCCAAUGCGCGGAGUCUGUCAUCAGUGGCUAGGCCUUAGGGGGGUUCCUGCUGAGGAAGAGGUCGCUGGAGAUUUGCUGUACUGCACUGUGUUGUGGACUGACUGAGCGCCAAGAGGACAUGGCCAGAGCGCCACGAGAACAUGGCCCAUCCCUCCCCUCUCUGUCUCUCUUUCUCUUUUUCUUCCUUUUUUCUCGUUCUCUUUCUCUUUCUCUGUUUUAACCCAACCUCCUCACACCCUUCACCCUCUCUUGGCCCCUAAUGGAAGCAGAGCUGAUGUUUAUGAAUUGGCGUACUGAAAAAAAAAGAGGAAGAGAAAAAAAAGAGAGGAACUCCUGGAAGGUGUAAAACAAUCAUGGGGGAAUGUUUUUCUUGUUAAAAAAAUGAGAAGGUGAAGACGAGGAGAUGAAAUUUCAUCCUCAUGUCCUGUCAGUGUUUUUCCUCUGGCUGAGCGACAAGGGGGAGCCAGGGACUCUCUCCGCCUUGCUCCUCUCAGUAUGGACAGAACCAGAGGGAGAACAUGGUGGUUGGGAAGGGGAGAAAAUGGAGAGCACGGUACUGUUGGACUGUUUUUUUUUUACGAUUUUCAAGCAGCGAGAGGAUGUGCAAUGGAGUAUUGGCUCACUGAUUCAUGGACAAACAGGGUAGAGACCUCACCAGCAUAAACCUGGGGUUUGGGGACACGGGUGCCAAAUUCUGCCAUUGGCCACCCCUGGGUAGCAGUUCCGGUUCCAUUCCACAGUUUAUGCAGCAGCAGGUUUGGGGCGCUAGGCAACCUCCACCAACAAACCCAGACCAUCGUUGUGCCAUCAUGUUAAGACUGAAGUGUGGAGAGGUCCUGCAGCAAGUUGGAUUUUGUGGGCUGCUCUGAUCAGAACUUAUUGCUGUUUUAGUCAUGAAAAACGAACCACCAAUCAGGUCCACUGAUUGCUCCAUUAGUAGCGGUAAAGACAAGACCGGACAGAGUUGAAAACUCCGUUCUCCUUUCAUAAAUGAGUCCCAUGUACAGGGGUCCUGAGACCGACUUUUAUGUUCAAGAGAGAUUUGCGUGCCAUCUCUAAGAUGGCUCAAAACAAUCUAUGGUGGGCCAGCACCUACAAUUAUACAGGAAUUUGUAGACACACGUGAAUCAAAAAUGACUGACACCUCUGUGCUGGGGCUAAUCUGAAAUCUUUGUUGUGAAAUCAUUUGUUAGGGUUGCACUACUGAAAAUCAAGUAAUAGGUCAAUCAGAAUCAGGCAGCCAAUGAACACCUGAACAGGGGGGUGGUGCUGAGGAAAUGCCCUGAAUCAAAGGUAACACUUCUAUCCUUACAUCUAUGCAGUGCUAAAUUCUCAGCCUAAGGUUUUUUUUUUUUUUGUUCAAUGUGUCAUUGACUUUCCUGUUAUGCAAAUGGAAAAGUUGUCUUUUUUAGAGAGUUUACUCAUUUUUGAGUAUAAUUUGUGAGGACAACCCUUGUGCUUAAAUUACAUGUCCUUUUCAAGCACUGGAGUACACCAGUGUGGCCCAAGAGAUUUUAGAUGCCAAGUACUUGUCACCAAGAUUUACUCUGAGCCCACAGGAAGUCGAGCAGCCAAGCUGAUAUACAAUACAUAUUGUAUCUGCAGACCAACAAACCACUAGUGUUAUAAUUUCGCACUCGAGCACAUCCGUAAUACAGUUGACUUUCAAUGACUGUGUGCGGAAAUGGAAAUUUGAUCUCAAGCGUGUGUGCGUCCUUGCCACACUGCCAAAAAAGUGAGCUGUCUCCUAAAGCCAAAUCCUUCAAAAUGUAAAGGUAGGGUCAAUAAACAGAAAGAAUGUUUGAAACACUUCAUCCAUGCCAAAACAUGACAUGUAGAGGACUACAAUUAGAAGCUGAGUCAUGCACACGUUUGCCACACAGUUCAUGAAAAAAAGUUGAAAUAGUCAGAUGUAUGGAUACUAGCAUCUAAUCAGAAAAAAGGGAAAGAAAUACUUAUACAAUAAAGUUGAGAUUUCUUCUGCUAGUGUGGGAUUUCCUGCAAAAUCCAGAGCUCUCACUGUAUAUGUGCCAGAUUUCCCCCCCCUAAUUUCAUACAAAAAAAGUCCCUCUGCUCUGAUUUUCAUGUUCUUUUCAAUCUGUCUCACCAAAGUUGAGCAGAAAUCUCCCCCCUGCUCCCCGCCACUCUCACAGACCGCUGCUUCUCCCUCUUGCUCGUUUUUUUUCUUUUCUCUCCCACCCCACUCCUGGACGCUACACAAAGGGAGGUGUAAUCUCACUCCAUCCCCCUUACCUCUUUCCUGAGGAAUUUGGUUUCACGUUAAAUGUUUUUCUUUUCUCUUUUUUUCCGAAAAGAAUGCUCAGAGGUCUAAUUGUUACACGUUUCAACUGGCUUCUCAUCUCCAUUUUACAUUGGACCCUAUGUCAGUCUGCAGGGAGUUAGUUUACUGGAAAGCUCCUAACUUUCCUCCUUUUUUUUGUAUACCCCUUAGUAGCACUCUUUAAAUGUCAAUAGAAAGUUCAAAUUUAUCUCAACCCCUACCACAAGUGUUCGUAAACAAACACACAAACAUUCACGACCCGUACCUUAUGCACACAGAGGCAUAUUCACAUGUAUGGGCAAUGGCAACACACAUGAUCAAUGCAUGAUAGGUCAAAAGUAGUGGGUCCGAGGGGCUCCACUCCUCCCUCUCUGCUUCCCUCUCUCUCUCUCUCUCUCUCUCUCUC